AUGGAGCGACCAGAGCUUAUCGAGUCGCCGCGAAAGCGGCAAAAGACAGAAGAUGUCCCAGCGACCGAUCUCGUGGUUGAUGGACCUCCCACUACCGGCGUGACGCCCGAUGCGCAAACCACAAAGGAACGUGAUGUCGGCAUCACCGAGCUCGUCACAGCUGAUACCGAGGGAUUCUCAGGUAUCUUGAAAAAGAGAUAUACCGAUUUCUUGGUCAAUGAGAUCACACCCUCCGGUGAGGUGGUUCACCUCAAGAACCUUGCUGCGCCAUUCUCCGCCUACAGCGAAGCCGCCGCCGCCGAGGAGAAGCCUGCCGAAUUAGAACAAGCUGAGCCAGUUCAGAAGGAAGAAGCGAUCGAGACACCGGAAACUGCGACACCCGCUGAGUUUAAGGUGUCCGAAGAAGACAAUGCUCUGCUUGUGGAGUACUUUGGCGCCGAAAAUGCGACCGCAAUUGUCGAUCUGCACCAGACGGCCAUGAACUCCCCGCGGGCUCGUCCCAGCGAGCUGGGCAAGGUCAUCGUUGUUGUCAGCGAUCGUGACCUGCGCACAAAGAUUCAUCAAGCGAUUCGCCGUAUAUUCAAUUCGCAGCUGGACUCUAGCACCGACAGUGAGGGAAACCUUGCUAUCACCGCGGCCAGCAACCGAUUCAAGAGGAAAGCGCAGGGUCACCGUGGUGGCGGUGGUCGCGGAAGCGGAGGUGGUCGGACGAAUUGGGAUGAGCUGGGUGGCCCCUAUCUUCACUUUACGAUCUAUAAGGAGAAUAAGGACACCAUGGAGGUUAUCUCAUACAUGGCCCGUACGAUGAAGAUGAACCCCAAGUGUUUCCAAUUCGCUGGUACCAAGGACAGACGCGGUGUGACUGCCCAGCGCGCAUGCGUUCUUCGUGUCCAAGCCGAGCGCUUGGCCAACCUGAACAAGUCUUUGCGAAAUGCUUACGUGGGCGACUUUGAAUACCGGAAGCAUGGUCUCGAGCUGGGUGAUCUCGGUGGCAACGAAUUCGUGAUCACUCUCCGUGACUGCGAAUUCCCCGGAGUAGACAUGCAAAAUCCCGAGGUUGCUGUUCGCGACGCCUCUGCGCUUGUUGGAACCUCGCUGAAAAACCUUCACGAUCGCGGAUACUUCAAUUAUUACGGUCUUCAGCGCUUUGGAACAUUCUCCACUCGCACCGAUACCAUUGGUGUCAAGAUGCUGCAGGACGACUUCAAGGGUGCCGCGGAAGCGAUUCUGCAUUACAGCCCGCACGUUCUUGCCGCAGCACAAGAAGGAGAGUCGUCUACAGCGCUCAUCAGCUCCGAUGACAAGGCUCGUGCGGAAGCAAUCCACAUUUUCCAGACCACCAACAAGGUCAAUGAUGCUCUGGCCAAAUUGCCUCGCAAGUUCUCCGCCGAAGCCAGUAUCAUCCGCCACCUCGGCCGCGCCCGAAACGACUACGUCGGCGCUCUCAUGUCCAUCCCGCGAAACCUUCGACUCAUGUACGUUCAUGCCUACCAGUCAUUGGUGUGGAACUUUGCUGCCAGCGAACGCUGGCAUCUAUACGGGGACAAGGUUGUGGAGGGUGAUCUGGUCAUUGUGAGCGAGCACCGAGACAAGGAAGAGGGCAACAGAGCUGCAGCAAACAGCGGCGUGGAUGAGGACGGCGAGGUUAUCAUCUUGCCCCAGGGCGAGGACAGCGCUCUGGCCGCGGAGGAUGCGUUCAUCCGUGCUCGUGCACUCACCGCUGAAGAGGCUGCUGGUGGCAAAUACACUAUCUUCGACGUUGUCCUUCCUCAGCCCGGCUUCGAUGUCGUCUACCCUGCCAACCAGAUGACCGAAUUCUACAAGACAUUCAUGGCCAGCGAGCAAGGUGGUGGUCUCGAUCCUUUCAACAUGCGCCGCAAGAACAAGGACACCAGUCUCAGUGGAGGAUACCGCAAGGUCUUUAGUCGAAUGGGACCCAGUUUCUCCCACGAGAUCAAGCUUUACUCGGAAGACAAUGAGCAGUUCGUACAGACCGAUCUCGAGAGACUUAAUGGAGUCGCCGACAACAAGGACGCUGCUGCCUCCUCCGAGACCGGGAACAAGCUUGCCGUGGUGCUAAAGUUCCAGCUUGGAUCUAGCCAGUAUGCCACCAUGGCUCUUCGUGAGCUUACAAAAGGCAAGGUCCGCGAGUACAAGCCCGACUUGGGCGGUGGUCGCUAA